AAGAGAGAUUCCGAAUGACAACAACAUGUGGAAGACAUGAAUGAUGCCGAAUGUCGUCUUUUUAUGUAAACAUUUCAUCAACCAAAAUGGCUACAAAUCGAUAUUUCAAUAGUAUAAUUAAAUGUAAUAAACAAGGUUAUAUUUUAAUCGGAAGAGUGUCUCACACAAAUGUAACAGGAAAGAGGUUUUAUAAUGUCCAGAAAUGCACAUCCAAAACAGGGUUAUUCAACGUGUUAAAGAAACAUAGAAUAGCAGUAAACACAGCUCUCAUUACAAGGGCAAAAAGCACAUCUACUGGAGUUGAUGAAAUCCUAAGCAAAGCUGCAUCUGAAAUCUCCAAAGAUGAUAAGUUAUCUAAAGUUGCUUCUGAAGUGUCAAGUAACACUGGAAUAGUAAAACCAGAACUGACAGACGUCACCUCAAGUUUAAAUGCCCUGGGGGAAGAGUCUCUGAAAAGUUUGGGACUGGGAAAGUUCACUCCACCUGGUUUAAUGCAACAGUUUUUGGAGAUGGUUCAUGUUAAUUUAGGUGUUCCUUGGUGGGCAUCCAUUGUGAUAGUAACUGUUAUAAUAAGAGGGGCAUUGUUCCCUAUAUAUCUGAAGGGGAGACAAAGAACCAUUAACACCAUGAACCAUGCACCCACGACCCAAGUCCUGCAAGAGAAAAUAACAAGGGCAAGAAUGAGAAGGGAUGCAUUAGCAAUGCAAGAAUACCAAGCAGAAUUGUCAGAGUACCAGAAAAAACAUGAUAUACAGACUUACAAAAUGUUUCUGCCAUUGCUUGCACAGAUGCCAUUCUUCGUUUCGAUGUUCAUUGGACUACGAGGGAUGGCCACCUACCCUGUGGAGAGUAUGAAGACGGGAGGAAUCUUAUGGUUCACAGAUCUGACAGCCACAGACCCUUAUCUAGGCCUACCUCUGUUGACUUCAGCUACUCUUAUAGCCAUUAUACAAAUUGGAGCAGAAAAUCCCAACUCCAGUCCUCUUGUAAAGAAAAUAGGAUGUGGAAUGGCUGGAGCCAUGUUCCUCUUCAUGAUCAAUUUCCCAUCGGCCCUUUGCUGUUACUGGGUGACAAACAACACCAUCUCUCUCUUACAAGCCGUCCUGUUCUCCUCUAAGGACGUCAGAAAGUUCCUGAAAAUUCCAGAGGCUGUGGUGCAUCAGAAGAAUUUGAAAACAAACAACAAGACAUUUAGAGAGUCAUUCAGAGAAAUUAAAGAGCAGUCAGGUAAUUUAAAGUCAAACGAAGAGGCCAUAAGAGACUUUGAACGACUUCAUGCCAUUGAGAUGGAGAGAGCUGGAAAGGGGCCUGUACCAGUCACCUACAAGUACAACCCAAAGAAAAAGAGGAUUUCUAAAGACGAUAGGGAAACCUUAAAACUGUGAUCAAAAUACUCUGUACAUUCAAAGAGACAAAUGAAAAAGAGAUGGCAGAGAGUUCAUUGAUGUAUUAAUGCCAGCAGGAUGUGUUUGCUUUAUUUAAAAUUUUACAGAUGUUUUAUUCAUACUGCAACCUGUUAAAGUGUUUGAUAUUUUAGAUAUCAUUCAUCUGUUGUCUUUCCAGUGUCCAUUGUAUUUUCAGUACAUGUAUUGAGAGUAGUGUAGAUGCCAUUGUUUGACAUCUGUGGAUGUCAAGAAUCUGAUUAAAAAUGAAUAAAUUAUGUGCUGAU